AUGGACAAGUACCUUAGCAGAGCAAAGUCCAAACUCCAGGACAAGCUUCAACCCUUUCUCAAUGACUCCUCGGACAGCCAACAUCACCACCACGGACCUCCGCCCAUACCGCCGAAACCUCUGAUCCCGCUCACGUCCCAGCAAACAGACCGCCCCUCAUCCAUCACCCGCGUCACGCCUCUCGACGUCCUGCGCUACCGCUACCAGCACGGCGCCAACCUGGGUUCCAUCUAUGUGCUCGAGAAAUGGUUGUUCCCCGGCAUGUUCCCCGGAUCGUGCUCCGGGCACGGAAAGAGCAGUGAGCUGGCGGCGGUGAAGGCGAACGUCGAGGAGUUGGGCAUGGACGGAGCGAGGGAAAAGUUUGAGAGGCACUGGGCAAACGCAGUGACGGAUGCGGACCUGGACUGGUUGGUCGGAAAAGCGAAAUGCAACACCAUCCGUCUGCCCAUCGGCUACUUCACCCUCGGGCCCGCCUUCCUCGACUCGCCAUCAGACCCGUUCCACCGCUACAGCCCCGUCUACGCCAACGCCUGGGCGUCCGUCCGCAAGCUGGUCUCGCGGCUGCGCGCGCGGGGCAUCGGAACGCUGCUGGACCUGCACGGCCUGCCGGGCGGGGCGAACGGGUGCGACCACAGCGGCACCGACACGGGGCGCGCCGAGCACUGGAAGUCGGGCGCGUGCCGGGCGCACUCGACGCGCGCGCUGGCGUGGAUCGCCGAGCAGGUGCGCGACGACGCGGCGCUGCGCGAGGGCGUCGUCGGCCUGCAGCUCGUCAACGAGGCCGAGUGGGGCGCAAAGGGCCUGUGGGACUGGUACGACGGCGUCGUGCGCGCCGUCGCGGCCGUCGACCCAGCGCUGCCGCUGUACGUGAGCGACGCGUGGGAUCUGGGCAAGGCGGUCGACUGGGCGGCCGGCGCGAACAAGGUCGGCGUCGGGGCCAGGGUGGCGCCGGUGGUGGUGGACACGCAUCUGUACUGGUGCUUUGCGGACAAGCACAAGAAGAUGAGCCCGGAGGAGGUGCUGCGCGAUGCGAGGGGGAAGCUGGCCCAGCUCGACGCGAAGGAGGGGGAUGUGCUGAAGAACGGCGCGGUGGCGGCGGUGGUGGGGGAGUACAGCUGCGUCUUGAGCGAGGAUACGUGGAAGAAGGGCGGGCAGCAGAAGAGCAGGGAUGAGUGGGUGAGGGAGUUCGGACAGGCGCUAAGCGGGCGGCUCCAACAAAAGGCCAUGGGCAGUCACUUUUGGACGUACAAGAUGUCGUGGAUGCCUGGAGGCGAAUGGGGCUUCAAGGCAUGCACGGAGAAGGGCGCCAUCACACCGCAUUGGACUCUGACCAUGUCGGCGGAGGACGUCCAUCAGAGGCUUGAAGUGGCGCAGGCGCAGAAAGACGAGCGGUUUGGGAAGACGUUUGCACAGCAUUGCGAGUACUGGGACAAAACUUCUCCAGGAACGCCGUUCGAGCACUGGCGGUAUGAGCAAGGGUGGAAGCAGGGCUUCGACGAUGCCGCCGCCUUCUUUGGCAUGCGCGUCAAUGGUGCAUAUGGGGAUUUGGCGACGUUAGGAGACGGUGGUGCAGGUGGGGGGAUUGGCGGUGACAAGAUUGGGAAUUUGGAGGUUUGGGUGCGUAGGAGGUUGAUCGAGAGCGGUAUGGGUGGUCCAUAUGUGUGGGAGUAUGAGCAGGGUCUGAGGAAAGGUGUCGGUGAGUUCUGUGAGCUUGCAGGUGGCCUGUAA